CAAACUAAAUCAAAGCAGAUAAGAUUUCAAAGAGUUCGAUUCGAUCCAAAAAUGGCGAUUAAUAUUCACAGCCUCAUUCCAUUCAACGACUUCACUGCUCUUCUUCUCCUCCUCGGAUCCUUCAUUUUCUUACUGCUAAAAAUUCGAAGAGGAUCAGGAUCAGGAUCAGCAAAAAAUGUGAAAUUACCUCCGUGCCCCCCGAGGCUGCCGGUGAUCGGAAACCUCCACCACCUCUCCGGCGGUCUGGCGCACCAAAUGAUGGCGAAAAUGGCGAAGACGUACGGACCCGUCAUGCGCCUCCAGCUCGGCGAAAUAUCGGCGGUGGUGAUCUCAUCCCGGGAGGCGGCGAAGGAGGUCCUGAAGGUCCAGGACCCCGCCUGCGCAGACAGGCCCGAGAGCAUCGGGACCAACAUCGUGUGGAAGGCGGGAAUGGCGUUCAGUCCGUACAACGAUUACUGGCGCCAAAUGCGGAAGAUUUGCAUCGUCGAGAUGCUCAGCGCGAAGAACGUCAAAUCCUUCGAGUCGAUGAGGCAGGACGAGGUUUCGCGUCUCUUACAGUCGAUCCGGGCGGCGGCGCUCGCCGGAGAAGCCGUGGACGUGACGGAGAAGUCGAUCGCCUACACCGCCACCACGACGGGGCGGGCGGCGUUCGGCAGCGUGACGGAGGACCGCCGCGUCGUGCUUAUCGAUAUGAUGAAGAAGGCCAGCGCCAUCUCCGGCGGCCUGGAAUUGGCCGACCUGUUUCCGUCGUCGAAGCUGCUCAGUCUCCUCUGCUUCAACAAAUACAGACUCAUGAGAAUGCGCCGCAAGGUCGACGCAAUUCUCGGCGUCAUCGUCGACGAGCACAGGUCCAACCCUAAAGGCGAGUUCGGCGGCGAGGACAUGGUCGACGUUUUGCUUAGGGUUCAGAGCUCCGGCGAGUUCCAGUUCCCGAUCUCCAACGACAACGUCAAUGGCGUCCUUUACAAUCUGUUCACCGCCGGAGCUGCGGGGUCGGCGGCGAUGGACUGGGCAAUAGUGGAGCUGGUGAGGUGUCCACGCGCCAUGGCAAGAGUACAGAAGGAAGUAAGAGAAGCCCUAAAGGGGAAGGAGACAGUGGAAGAAGGCGACCUUCAGAAACUGACAUAUCUAAAAUGGGUGAUCAAAGAAACCCUAAGAAUGCAUCCUCCAGCUUCAUUGAUCCCAAGAUCUUGCAGAUCAGACAAUUGUACAGUCGAUGGAUACACAAUUCCCAAGAAUUCGAAAGUGAUCAUCAACGCAUGGUCUUUAGGAAGGGAUCCAAAGUAUUGGGACCAGCCCGACACCUUCAUGCCCGAAAGGUUCGAAAACAGCAGCCUAGAUUACCUCGGUAAUAACUUCGAGUAUCUUCCAUUUGGAGCUGGAAGAAGAAAGUGCCCUGGACUGAACUUUGGAAUGGCCAAUUUGGUGGUUCCAUUGUCUCAAAUGAUGUAUCAUUUCGACUGGCACAUGCCCGAAGGAAUGAGCCCGGAUGACAUAGACGUCACCGAGGUGGACGGGCUAUCGAUCUCGAGGAAGAAUUCUCUUUUCUUGGUUCCAACAAUCUACAACGAUGGAAUUUAAGAAGUACCAUCUUUCAUCGGAUUAGUCUCGUUUCUUUUUAAUGCAUGCAUGCAGUUUUGAUGAGUUAUGGGUUAUGUAGUUGAUUACUUUAAUUUAAUUUGUGUAAUAUUUUUGUAAUAAAGUGUUGUUUUGGUUA